CCAUAAGCAUUACAACAUUCUUAAAUUGAAUACAAACAGCACAAAUUUACGAUUCCCUUCAGUUAGUUCGUUGUUCCUGACAGUUUCGGAUUUAAUGCGAUGUGUAGGCGUUUGGUAGUUCUCCUUGCUGUCUCGACUUUCCUAAAAUACACAGAAGCACAGAGUGGUAACUAUAGGAAACAGGUUAUAAAGUAUCCUUCCGACACACAAUUCUGGGCAACUGACUUCUUUGUGAAGGGAUGCAAGAACUUCCUGGAUAGCUGCCCUCACUCUUACAAGAUACAACAGAUCUGUGCUCGAAACUAUGAUGGAAUAUUCAAGAACUUCAACAACUACUGCGAAAUGCAAUAUGAGAACUGCAACUCGUGGAAAAAUUGGCACGUGUUCAGACGAGAAAGAUGUUAAAAUAAAAAAAUAAAAUGCGGUUAUUAUGGC